UAAUAUGUCUAUGGUUAACCUAAUUCUCUUACCGAAUAAUUAUAUCAAAACAAAAUAACUUGUAAGAAAAUUGAAUUUAAAUACUGAAAUCAUGGCUGGAACUCUGUUCCGUUCCAUGUUCACUAACACUUUAUCAUUUUAUAAGUGUAACAGUUCUAAUUUGAGAUCUCUGCAUACUGCCACUGUAUCAUAUGCAGCUCGUAAAGGCACCAGGGCUAAAGCCCGCGCCAAGAAGGUCAAAGUAGAAGUCACCAAAGUUGGCUUCAUCCCUCACAAUCAGAGAGGGAAAGACAAGAUAUCAAAAUCAAAUGUCAGCAAACAUUUAGAUGAUACAUUUAAGCCUUUAGCCAAAGACGAUGUUUACCCUCUCAAGUACUACAGCUGGAUUGUGUAUACUGCUGAAGAUGCGGUCAAGGCCCACCAGCAGACCCAUCACCCCACUAUGUAUAAUGUACCUGAUGCCUUUGUCAUUGCUAGGGUGGAAAUGAACAUGGAGGCUGCCAAAAAGAAUCGUUUCAUGGACAGUUUCACGCGUCUGUCGCUCCUGCCGCACACGUUCCCGCGUGACGAGGAACGCACCAUCCUCGCCUUCUGCAAGGGCUCUGAGCUUAUCAAGGAGGCCAUGGAUGCGGGGGCCACUACCGCUGGUGGUACUGACCUUAUUAAGAAAAUUCAGGAUGGUCAAAUAAAAAUCGGUGACUACGACUAUGUGGUGGCCCACCCAAACAUUAUAACAGAAUUGGUGCCCAUAAGAGGAUUGAUGAAGAGAAGGUUCCCUAACGUUAGGUCGGGUACCUUAGAGCCCAAUCUCAAAGACCUUGUGAGGAAGUUCUCGGGCGGCGUGCAGUACAGGGUCUUGAAGGAUGAACAUCAAGAGAAUUUCGGAUUUGUUGAAGUUCCUAUUGGCAGGUUAAACAUGGAGCCAAAGCAAGUGGCGGAGAAUAUCGAAGCUUUCUUAAAGGAUUUGCAGUCAGCUCGACCAAAACGCGAUGGACUAUUCAUUACUAGGUGUUUGCUUCUCAGCCCGCCAUCCCCUGAAAAACUAAAGAUUGAUCCAUUUGUUUACGUCGAUAAAACGUUGUCUAAGGAAGUACGGGAAGACAGUGACGACGAGGGAGAUGCUGUUGCCGCUACUGCGUAACCUGAAACAACUCUUGUAGUAUAUUAGUAAUAUAAUGUAAAUUAAACAUUUAAAUAUAAAAUUAAAAUCUU